CUAACGAGUAAAUAUUUUUGUUUUUGUCUUGUUGCAUGAUUAAAUCAGUAUUAUUUCUUGAUAAUUUACCCAUAAAAAAAAAAAUUUAUUAAAAAACACUUUAUCACGAUUUCAGAUGAUUUUGUUAUGAUGAAUCACUUCAGGUAUAGACACAAAAAAUGGAUUAAGAACCAUCAAUUUUCAUCAUCACAUGAGCUUGUUGUACAUCAAAUUAUAAACAGUGAAUCAAUUAUGCUGUUUUGUUGAAUGCUAAAUUGUUGGCCAUUGGGACAAAAAUACGAAAUGUAUCAUUUAUUUAUCAGUGGGUACCGUCUGGUAAAUGUAUCACAUGGCAAACCUUAUUAUGUUUAUACAAUAGAAAUACUUAAUUCGAAUAAUGGUGCUAGAUAUCUAAUCGAAAAGAGAUACAGUGAAUUCAGCUCUCUGCAUCGCAUGUUGAAAAAAGAAUGUGACCCUGCUCCAUUCCCGCCAAAGCGAGUCAGAAAUUCCAAUCCUAAGGUAUUGGAGCACCGACGAGCCGCUCUAGAAAUUUACAUGCAGAAAAUGCUAAGAUAUUCUAACACGAAGCAUCAUGUUCUUAAUUUCUUAGGUAUGAGUGGACAAAGUCCAGAUUUAUACCAGAAAGGAAUGCAUCAACUAUGCAAGAAUGAUUUAAAUUUUCGAAAUGAUUUUCCAACACAUCCAGUAUUAACUUUUCUGUGUGAUCCGUAUAUCCACGCAGACAAAUCUUCAAGUCUUCCAGAUAUUGUUACAAACGGAGUACUACUGGGAAUUUACAAAUCUUAAAAUAUCAUUCCUUUUUUAGAAAGUUUAUAUUGUAAGGGUUGUGCAAAAAAGUAUACAUAGUUAUAUAGGUUUUAUAUAUUAAAAAUAAUCUUAAUUGUGUUUAAUAUUAAUUUAUAAUAAAAUUAAAGAAGAUUCAACUGAGUCUUUGGAUCUAAGUAACAAUUCUCA